AUGGCAAAUGUAUUUUCAUUAUGUAAUGAUAUUGAACAAUUUCUUCAGCAAAGUGAUAAAAAUUCUAUAGACCAAUUUCUUAAUUGGCUUAAAUCUCGUUUCAAUAUUUCUAGUCCUUCAAAUAUAAGAAAAUCUGAUAAUUAUUCUUCAGAAAAAUCAAUAAUUAAUUCAUCACAAAUAUUUACGUGUCAAUGUGGUCAUCGAUUUUCAUUUCGUUGCACAAUUGAUAAUCUUAUUGAAACUUCAGAAUUCAAUGAUGUUGAUAAACAAUCUAAAGUGAACGGAUCAAAACUUCAGAAUUCUUCAAAAGAUUUUCUAUGCAGUCAAUGUCAAAUACGUUUACAUACACACGAGACAUUUCUUCAUCAUUGUUCAAUGCAUGAAAAAGGCUAUUUAUUUUGUAAAUAUUGUUUUCAAUUCUAUAUAAAUGAUCAAACUAAAUUACAUGAUUGUGAACAACGAAAACUUGAUGAAUUACAAAGUCUUGAACAACUUAUUCCGCCUGAUACGAUUGAACAACAACAAAGUUCGAAUCCCAUCAAUUAUAUCAAUGAUCACGAUAGAUCUAGUUCAACACGUACAACUCGUUUUGAUCUACCAAAAUUAACGGAUUCAGUUGUGGAAAUUAUUCAUGCUGAUGGCAAACGACAAUAUCGUUGUCCACUUUGUUUUAAUUCAUAUGUCAAUCGAUCAGGUCUUAAUCGGCAUUAUAUAACACAUAGUUCACAAGAUAUAUGGAAAGUUGAAUGUCAAUUUUGUGGUAAACGUUAUUCACGAAAAGAUUCAUUAAAACAUCAUAUAAAAACUCAGCAUGCACACUUUAUCAUGUCGAAUUUGACAUGGACUGAGAAAGAUAAUGCUCUCUAUCAUCAGUCGAACGAACAACUAUAUCAAUCGAAUAAUAAGAAUUCAUUGGAUGGCCAAUCGAAUUCUUCGUUGUCAAAUGAAAAAGAACAAAUGGAAAAUGAUGAUAUUGUUUUAGUUAAUUGA